GAUGAGUCCGGUUGGGCACGAUUGCAUUGUGGGGAGGGAGGCCGGGGCUCCACGGAGACGCACUUCUGGCACCAGCUGCUCCUCAGCCCCUGCCCGCGGCCCACCCAGGGCAAUGCCCCCCACAGCAGUCUUGUGCCUGUCACCACUGCCCUGGGGCAGUUGAAGUGACGAGAUGUGCUUCCCGCUGCUGCUCCCCUUCUCAACGGCCCAGGUGAUGGCUCCCUGGUCUCCCUUCGGCCCCCACCUCCUGCUCGUGCUGUUGCUGCUGUGCCCACCGCUGCCCCCGACUCAGGCCCAUCGAUUCUCCGCACUCAACACUACCUUCAACCACUUGGCACUGGCACCCGGCCGGGGCACAGUCUACGUGGGGGCGGUGAACCGCCUCUUCCAGCUCAGCCCGGAAUUACAGCUCGAGGCUGUGGCUGUCACCGGCCCCAUCUUCGACAGCCCCGACUGCGUGCCUUUCCGUGACCCGGCUGAGUGCCCGCAGGCCCAGCUCACUGGUAACGCCAACCAGCUGCUUCUCGUGAGCAGCCGGGCCCAGGAGCUGGUGGCCUGCGGGCAGGUGCGGCAGGGCGUGUGCGAGAAGCGGCGCCUUGAGGACGUGUCCCAGCUUCUGUAUCAGGCCGAGGACCCAGGCGAUGGGCAGUUUGUGGCCGCCAAUGCCCCAGGAGUGGCCACGGUGGGCCUGGUGGUACCUGCACCGGGCCGGGACCUCCUGCUGGUGGCCAGAGGCCUGGCUGGCAAGCUGUCAGGAGGGGUACCGCCCCUGACUGUCCGCCAACUGGCUGGGCCGCAGCCCUUCUCCAGCGAGGGCCUGGGCCGUCUUGUGGUGGGAGACUUGUCUGACUACAACAACAGCUACGUGGCGGCCUUUGCCAACGCCCACUCCGCCUACUUCGUCUUCCGCCGUCGUGGGGCCCGGGCACAGGCCGACUAUCGCUCCUAUGUUGCCCGAGUCUGCCUGGGGGAUGCCAAUCUUUACUCCUACGUGGAGGUGCCCCUCCACUGCCAUGGUCAGGGCCUCAUCCAGGCUGCCUUCCUCGCCCCGGGCACCUUGCUGGGGGCCUUUGCCGCAGGCCCAAAGGGGACACAGGCGGCCCUGUGCGCCUUCCCCCUGGCAGAGCUGGACAGCAGCAUGGAGCAGGCCCGGCGCCUUUGCUACACAGCAGGCGGCCGAGGCCCCAGCGGCACAGAGGAAGCCACCGUGGAGUAUGGCGUCACUUCACGCUGCGUCACCCUGCCCCCUGACUCCCCUGAGUCGUACCCCUGUGGUGAUGAGCACACCCCCAGCCCCAUCGCUGGCCGCCAGCCCCUGGAGGCCAGGCCUUUGCUGCACCUCGGGCAGCCCAUCAGCGCCAUCGCAGCCCUCCAGGCAGAUGGGCACAUGGUAGCCUUCCUGGGGGACACCCAGGGCCAGCUGCAUAAGGUCUUUCUCAAUGGCUCCCAAAGCCAGGUGUACCACUCCCAGCAAGUGGGGCCUCCAGGCUCAGCGAUCAGCCCCGACCUGCUUGUGGAUAACAGCAGCAGCCACCUCUACGUCUUGACUGCCCAGCAGGUAGACCGGGUACCCGUGGCGGCCUGCCCCCAGCUCCCCGACUGCACCAGCUGCCUCCAGGCCCGGGACCCGCUGUGUGGCUGGUGCAUCCUCCAGGGCAGGUGUACCCGCAAGGGCCAAUGUGCGAGGGCAGCCCAGCCCAACCAGUGGCUGUGGAGCUAUGAGGAGGACAGUCGCUGCCUGCAUGUCCAGAGCUUGCUGCCAGCCCAUCACCCCCGCCAGGAGGAGGGCCAGGUCACCUUGUCUGUCCCCCGGCUGCCCACCCUGGCUAUGGAUGAAUACUUCCAUUGUGCCUUUGGAGACUACGACAGCUUGGCUCAAGUGGAAGGGCCCCACGUGGCCUGUGUCACCCCUCCCCAAGACCAGCUGCCACUUAACCCUCCAGGCACAGACCACAUCACCUUGUCCCUGGCCUUGAUGUUUGAGGAUGUGGCCAUAGCUGUCACCAACUUCUCCUUCUAUGACUGCAGUGCUGUCCAUGCCUUGGAGGUGGCUGCCCCGUGCCGUGCUUGUGUGAGCAGCCUCUGGCGAUGCCACUGGUGCCCCCAGAGCAGCCGCUGUGUGUACGGAGAGCACUGCCCAGAGGGCGAGAGGACCAUCUAUAGCACCCAGGAGGUGGAUGUCCAGAUGCGUGGCCCAGGGGUUUGUCCUCAGGUUGAGGGCCUAGCAAGUCCCCUCCUGGUGCCUGUGGGCUGGGAGAGCCGCUUGGCCCUGCGAGUUCGGAACCUUCAGCAUUUCCAAGGCCUGCCUGCCUCCUACUAUUGCUGGCUGGAGCUGCCCGGAGAACUACAGAGGCUGCCAGCUUCCCUGGAAGAGACUACUGGGGAUGCGGGCCUCGUCUACUGCCAGGCCCAGCAGUUCCACCCCCCCAUGGCCCAGCGGGAGCUCCCGGUGCCCAUCUACGUCACCCGGGGCGAGGACCAGCGGCUGGACAAUGCCCGUCCUCUUCAUGGUGAGUGUGCCGUGGGCCACCCCGACUGCAGCCACUGCCAGGCAGCCAACGGGAGCCUGGGCUGCCUGUGGUGCAGCCACGGCCAGCCUGCCUGUCUCUAUGGGCCACUGUGCCCACCUGGGGCCGUGGAGCUGCUGUGUCCAACACCCACCAUCGACAUGAUUGAGCCCCUGACUGGCCCCCCUGAGGGCGGCUUGGCCCUCACCAUCCUGGGCUCCAACCUGGGCCGGGACUUUGCGGACGUGCAGGAUGCCGUGAGCGUGGCUGGCCGGCCCUGCAACCCUGACCCUGCUCUCUACCGCACCUCUGCCCGGAUUGUGUGUGUGACAUCUCCGGCCCCCAAAGGCACCACAGGGCCAAUCCAAGUGGCCAUUAAGAGUCGGCCACCAGGCAUCUCCACCCAACACUUCACCUACCAGGACCCCAUCCUGCUGAGCCUGAGUCCCCAGAGAGGUCCCCAGGCAGGGGGCACCCAGCUCACCAUCCAUGGGCAACACCUCCAGACAGGAGGCAACAUCAGUGCCUUUGUGGGCAGCCAAUCCUGUCCUAUCCAGGAGCCAGUGUGUCCUGAGGCCAUUGUGUGCCACACCAUGCCCCAGGCCGGCCCAGGAGAAGCUGUGGUUCGUGUGGUCUUUGGCCAGGCCCAGCGCACACUGGGAGCCAGCCCUUUCCGCUACACAGCCAACCCCCAGCUCAUGGCUGCAGAGCCCAGCGUCAGCUUCCGAGGGUGAGGACCUGGGCCACCAGGGAAACCUGUGUGUCCUUCCUGGGAGNCCCUGCUGUCCGUGUGGCUGGAGUCCACAGCAGAGGCGCAGGCUAUGGGGACCCAGCCCCAGGACCUCAGGAGGGGCUGUGGGGCCCCUGCCCAACCCCCGCAGGCUUGUGUCCAGCUUGAGGGGGGUUUGCUGCAGUGCUCCACUGUCUGCUCCAUCAACUCCUCCAGCCUCCUCCUGUGCCGGAGCCCCGCUGUGCCAGACGAUGCACGCCCCCAGCGCGUCUUCUUCUCCCUAGACAACGUGCUCGUGGACUUUGCCAACGUCAGUGGGGGUCAGGACUUUCUCUCCCAGCCCAACCCCCGGCUGGCCCCCCUCAGCCGCAAAGGGCCUGCCCGCCUCAAGCCAGGCAACGUCCUAGAUGUGGAGGGUGAAGGCCUCAACUUGGGGAUCAGCAAGGAGGAGGUGCGCGUGCACAUUGGCGAUGGCGAGUGCCUGGUCAAGACGCUCACACUCACCCACCUGUACUGUGAGCCACCCCCGCGGGUCCCACAGCCUGCCAACGGCUCCAGUGCGCUGCCGCAGUUUGUGGUACAGAUGGGCAACCUGCGGCUGGCCCUGGGCCCCGUGCAGUAUGAGGCUGAGCCUGCACCGCCUGCCUUCCCUGUGGAGGCCCAGAUCGGCUUGGGCAUAGGCGCUGCUGUGCUGACGGCCGCUGUGCUACUCCUGACUCUCAUGUACAGGCACAAGAGCAAGCAGGCCCUGCGUGACUAUCAGAAGGUUCUGGUGCAGCUGGAGAACCUGGAGAUUGGUGUGGGCGACCAGUGCCGCAAGGAAUUCACAGACCUGAUGACCGAGAUGACUGACCUCAGCAGCGACCUGGAGACCAGCGGGAUCCCCUUCCUGGACUACCGCACCUACACCGAGCGCGUCUUCUUCCCGGGGCACGGCGGCUGCCCGCUGCAGCCCGUGUUCGAAGGGCCUGGGGAAGAGGGCCACCGUGUCCCCGUGCGCCAGGGCCUCACGCAGCUCUCCAAUCUGCUCAACAGCAAGCUUUUUCUUCUCACACUCAUCCACACGCUGGAGGAGCAGCCCAGCUUCUCCCAGCGGGACCGCUGCCACGUGGCUUCGCUGCUGUCCCUGGCGCUGCACGGCAAGCUGGAGUACCUGACUGACAUCAUGAAGACGCUGCUUGGUGACUUAGCCGCCCAUUACGUGCACAAGAACCCCAAGCUCAUGCUUCGAAGGACGGAGACCAUGGUGGAGAAGCUGCUCACUAACUGGCUGUCCAUCUGUCUCUACACCUUCCUGAGGGAGGUGGCUGGUGAGCCGCUGUAUAUGCUCCUGCGGGCCAUCCAGUACCAGGUGGAUAAGGGUCCUGUGGACGCCGUGACAGGCAAGGCUAAAAGGACCCUGAAUGACAGUCGCCUGCUUCGGGAGGACAUGGACUUCCGGCCCCUAACAUUGAUGGUGCUGGUGGGCCCUGGGGCCGGCGGAGCCUCAGGGAGCAACUCAGCACAGCACGUGCCGGCCCGGGUGCUCGACACAGACACCAUCACGCAGGUCAAGGAGAAGGUGUUGGAGCAAGUCUACAAGGGUACCCCGUUCUCCCAGAGGCCCUCCGUGCACACCCUAGACCUCGAGUGGCGCUCGGGCCUGGCUGGUCACCUAACCCUGUCGGAUGAGGACCUGACCUCAGUGACCCAGAAUCACUGGAAGAGACUCAACACCCUCCAGCACUACAAGGUCCCAGAUGGGGCCACAGUGAGGCUCAUCCCCCAGCUGCACAAUGGAGGCGCCGUCUCCCAGAGCCUGGCCCAGAGUUGCUCCUCUGGGGAGAACACCCCCAUGCUGGAGGACGGCGACGAAGGUGGGGUCCGCCUCUGGCACCUGGUGAAAGGCACCGAAGAGCCAGACGGGAACAAGGUUCGGCGCAGCAGCCUGCGGGAGCGGGAGCGGGAGCGGGCACGGGCCAAAGCCAUCCCGGAAAUCUACCUCACCCGCCUGCUCUCCAUGAAGGGCACACUGCAGAAGUUCGUGGAUGACACCUUCCAAGCCAUCCUGAGCGUGAACCGGCCCGUGCCCAUCGCUGUCAAGUAUCUGUUCGACUUCCUGGAUGAGCUGGCAGAGAAGCAUGGCAUUGAGGACCCAGAGACCUUGCACAUCUGGAAGACUAACAGCCUGCUGCUACGAUUCUGGGUGAACACGCUGAAGAACCCACAGCUCAUCUUUGACGUACGGGUGUCAGACAACGUGGAUGCCAUUCUUGCCGUCAUCGCCCAGACCUUCAUCGACUCCUGUACAGUCUCAGAGCACAAAGUGGGCCGGGGUGACAGGGUGAACAAACUGCUCUACGCCCGGGAGAUCCCUCGCUACAAGCAGAUGGUGGAGAGAUACUACUCUGACAUUCGCCAGAGCUCUCCGGCAAGCUACCAGGAGAUGAAUUCAGCUCUGGCCGAGCUCUCGGGGAACUACACCUCUGCUCCCCACUGUCUGGAAGCCCUGCAGGAACUCUAUAACCACAUCCACAGGUAUUAUGACCAGAUCAUCAAUGCCCUGGAGGGGGACCCUGUGGGCCAGAAGAUGCAGCUGGCCUGCCGCCUGCAGCAGAUCGCUGCCCUGGUGGAGAACAAGGUGACUGACCUGUGAGCUCAGGCCACAGUGGAUGCCUGAGGCCCAUCAGCUUGGAGGGAAGCCAGCAGGACCCACCACCACAGUGCCUUAUGACUCCUAGACCAAGCAGAAGAGGGGCUGCAGAGAGGGGCGGGGGGUGUCCCUGCAACCUCUCCUCCCCGACCCUUCCUCCCUGCCCCAGGCUUUUUUCCUAAUUUAUAGCAAUCCUUCCCCCUCCUCCUCAUUAUAUUUAUUUGCUUGCUGGAAAGUUGCAUCUGGAAAUAAAGUCUUUUUAGGAAAA